CGCAAUUCCGUUGGUUUCCAACACUGCGGCUCUCCCACGCAAAAGCGCUCGCAGCUUUUAGGUAAAAUCGGCGUUCUUUCGAACAUUGGAGAAUCCAGAGCCACCUGGAGUCGCAUUCUUAAUCCGAAUUCCCAACCGUUCGCGUCAAAGUCGCGCAAAAACAAAUAACUGCGAGUAUAGUUAAUCGCACGAAGAACUGCAGCUGAAAUCGCGAGACAAAAGUGCACAAAAGACACAGCGAAGCAAAUACCGUACAAAUCGGCUGCGUUUAUGGCGCACCAGGAGAAGAGAAAGAAUUUGCGCCCCGCCGCCCCCGCCUUUCAACACAAAAACAACAACAACGUGGAGCAGAGCUAACACAAAAAAGAUAUAUAGAAUAAAAUAUAUAUUUUUGGUACCGCUUUUGUAUGGUUAAAACUAAUCAGAACGCUCCAUUGAUUUAUUGAGCGCACACUGCCAGAGUUUUCGAGUUUUUCAAGACGUUGCCAGCUGUUGUUGCCGCUCUUCGUCGCACACCUCCCGCCAACCAGAACACCUCCGCCCCGCCUCCUUGCUUCGAAGAAAGCGAGAGCGCGGUCAACGUCCUGCGAAGAGAGUGAGAAGGGUAGCGAGAGCGCGAUAAAAGCGAAGGUGAGCGAAAGGACACCGGCAGCCGCUUCAUCUUCCUCUUCCCUCUCACCGCAAUUCAACAAUAAUAUAAAGCUGGUCUAAAAGUGGCAAACAAAGUUGUUGAAGAUAAAGACACAGCGAAAGCAACCGGCAAACGUAAUCAGCACCCAAAUCCCCCGCGAACCAGAAAAAUAUAGCCAACAUGCGCCUGUUUCCAGUCCGAUUCUCAGCCGCCUCCUCGUCGAUGGCGAGUUUGGCCAAAAUGCUCGACUUUUACUCGGGCUUCAACCCCUCGCCCCUCUCGAUAAAGCAGUUCAUGGACUUUGGUCAGAAUGCCUGCGAGAAGAAAUCGUACAUAUUCCUGCGCAAGGAACUGCCUGUUCGACUGGCGAAUAUCAUGAAGGAGAUCGCCCUUCUGCCGGAUAACCUGUUGCACACCAGAUCCGUAAGCGAAGUUAGUUCCUGGUAUGUCAAGAGUUUCGAGGAUGUGCUGGUGUACGAGAAAGCAGAGCCCACCCACGACAAUCUGCAAAAGUUUGUGGCCGAUUUGGAUCUCAUUAGGAAUCGGCACAACGAUGUGGUGCAAACGAUGGCCCAGGGUGUGAUCGAAAUGAAGGAGAACGAGGGCGGCCAGGUGGAUGCGCCUACAGAGAGUUCCAUUCAGUACUUUCUCGACAGGCUCUACAUGUCUCGCAUCAGCAUUCGAAUGCUGAUAAAUCAGCACACCCUUCUCUUUGGCGGAAAUCCACAUGCGGGUGGCCGCCAUAUUGGUUGCCUGGAUCCCGCCUGUGAUCUGUCGGAUGUGGUUCGCGAUGCUUACGAGAAUGCGCGAUUCCUAUGCGAUCAGUACUACCUGACCAGUCCGGCAUUGGAGAUCCAGCAGCACAGCAGCGAGCCUGGAGACAACCUGCCCAUCCGCACCGUUUACGUGCCCUCGCACCUGUACUACAUGCUUUUCGAGCUCUUCAAGAACUCUAUGCGAGCUGUUGUAGAGCACCAUGGCCAUGACAACAAUGACACAUUGCCCCCCUUGAAAGUAGCCAUUUGCAAGGGCAAGGAGGACAUCUGUGUGAAAAUUUCUGACCAGGGAGGCGGCAUUCCCCGCUCCCAGACCGAUCAGCUCUUCAAGUAUAUGUACAGCACAGCGCCGCAGCCCUCGAAGUCGGAUCUGCAUACGGUGCCAUUAGCGGGCUAUGGAUACGGUCUGCCGAUCUCAAGGCUUUACGCCCGCUAUUUCCAUGGCGACAUUGUGCUGCUCUCCUGCGAAGGAUUCGGAACAGAUGCAAUCAUCUAUCUAAAGGCUCUGUCCGACGAAGCAAACGAAUUGCUGCCGAUCUUCAACAAGACAAGCUCAAAGUUCUAUCGCGCCACCGUGCCCACGGGUGACUGGUCCAAUCAGGUAAAAUACGCUAAAAAGAAGAAGACGAGCGCUGUCAACCAGUAGACGUGUGAAAAUGCCAAAGAGCAAAGCAAAAAAAAAAAAAUAAAUAAAAAAGAAAUGAGAUGUGAUGAGUUGAGAAAUGAAGCGAACCGCCUGGCUGUGUAAAGAGUUUGCGCCACCCUGCACCAAUUGAAUUCAAUCCAAUCAAACCCAAUCCCAGCAAGCAAGCAAGCAACCCUCAUCCCGCAUCCGCAACCCAGUCAAGUGAAAAGUGUUUAUUUAUUGUUUAAUGUAAUGUUAAUGUUAAAUACUACCUAUGUUUGUAUGUGCCCCAAACUCCUUAACACGUUUGAUUUUCGAAAAUUUUUUGAAAUAUUGUCAUUUAACAUUUGACAUUCCACAAACAUUUUUGCCCAUCUUGGAGCGGGCUGAAGCUGUGUUUAGAUUUUGCGGGGAGCGAGUGGCGCAGCGCCCUUGGCUUUAAUAUUACGUUUGUAGCCAUUAAAUUCUAUAUAUAUAUAUACAUAUUUAUAUAAACCUAUAUACACGACAAACAUUUAUACUCUGAAGUAAACUGAUGUUUUGAAACAUUUACGAAAUUAGCUUUAAUUUGUGGAUUUUAAUUAGGCUAAAGCCCGAACUGCAUGCAAUGUUAUAGUACAUUUAUCUUUUUGAGCGCACUAUUUAAUUUUACUCGUUAAGACAAACAAAUUUUAAACAAAUAAACUGGAAAGUAUACACC